AUGCCUUCGCCUACCGUCAAGCUCAACAGCGGCCAUGAGAUGCCCCUCGUGGGCUUUGGUCUCUGGAAGGUCGACAACGCUACGUGCGCCGACACUGUCUACAAUGCCAUCAAGGCCGGCUACCGUCUGUUUGACGGCGCUUGCGAUUACGGCAACGAGAAGGAGUGCGGUGAUGGCGUCGCCCGCGCCAUCAAGGAUGGCCUCGUGAAGCGCGAGGACCUCUUCAUUGUCUCCAAGCUGUGGCAGACCUUCCACGACCAGGACAAGGUCGAGCCCAUCACCCGCCGCCAGCUCGCCGACUGGCAGGUCGAUUACUUCGAUCUCUUCCUCAUCCACUUCCCCGUCGCCCUCGAGUACGUCGACCCCAGCGUCCGCUACCCCCCCGGCUGGCACUACGACGGCAAGAGCGAGAUCCGCUGGAGCAAGGCCACCAACCAGGAGACCUGGGGCGCCAUGGAGGGCCUCGUCGAGAAAGGCCUCGCCAAGAGCAUCGGCGUCUCCAACUACCAGGCCCAGACCCUCUACGAUACCUUCAAGUACGCCAAGAUCCGCCCGGCCACUCUCCAGGUCGAGCUGCACCCCUACCUCCAGCAGACCGAGCUCGUCCGCCUGGCCCAGGCUGAGGGCAUCGUCGUGACCGCCUACUCCUCCUUCGGUCCCACCGGUUUCAUCGAGCUCGACAUGGACCGCGCCAAGGGCGUCGCCCCCCUCAUGGAGCACGACGCCAUCAAGGCCAUGGCCACCAAGCACAACAAGACCCCUGCCCAGGUCCUCCUUCGCUGGGCCACCCAGCGCGGCAUCGCCGUCAUCCCCAAGACCUCGCGCCCCGCCGUCAUGGAGCAGAACCUGAACCACACAGACUUCAACCUCGACCAGGAGGAGAUUGACCGUAUCUCCAAGAUGGACCUGAACCUCAAGUUCAACCAGCCCACAAACUACUUCCCUACCGAGAAGCUCUGGAUCUUCGGUUAA